CUGCAGAGCCCAAGGCGCCAUUUAUACAAGAACCGCCACUGUGAUUUGGUUUUAUUGUUUGUACUUUCAGUGAUGUUAUGGUGUUAUAACAGUUGUUAUCAUCAUCAGUACUAUCAAUAAUAUGCAUUUAAUUCAAAAGUAUCUGUCCUUUUAAACUUGACGUAAGGACGUUAAAAUUCACUCUACGUCACGCCACGUAAGUUCCAAAACUGGCGAAGCCGAGCGUGCUAAGGUCUUGGUAAAUCCUUCAUCGAACACCGAUGCUGUUAAGGCUUUCCGUCAGUGGAGGCGUCAUUUCCCCGCUUUCACUUCGCCUCUGGUGGGUGGUGGGCUGAGCUCCAGCCACACCCUCUUGUUGUUGUUGUCCCAGGAGAUCCGCUGCUGGUUCCGCGGCUCCAGACGUCUCCCUCUCCGAGGCAGCUGGGCCCGCCGGCCGCGUGCAUGCAGCAAAAUGGCUCGAGCGGCUCCAUCGGCUCUGACGGCGGCAGGGAGCGGCAGGCUCUGUCCUUCAGCCCGCUGCCCGCCGCUACUACUCGGGUGAGGCGGUUCAUUCAGGAGCGACAGAGGACGCUGCCGCUGCCCAAAGUGAUGGUGGUAUUCUCGGCCGCUGGCGACGCGGACAAACCGAGCGAUGCCAUGUCCAGCUCGGACCCAACGGAGGAGGGCGACGGCGUCCGGAAGCCGCCGGCCUCCCCCUCCCCGAAGCACCGCGCACCGAGCAAGCCGCCCCGCGCCUCGCUGACCACCCUGGAGCCGCAGGAGUUUCCAGAGGUGAUCUCCCUGAACGUGGGGGGAACCCUCUUCACCACGCGCCUGUCCACGCUGCGGCGCUAUGACGACACCAUGCUGGCCGCCAUGUUCAGCGGGCGCCACUACAUCCCGCGGGACGCCGAGGGCCGCUACUUCAUCGACCGGGACGGCGCUUACUUUGGGGACAUCCUGAACUUCCUGCGGGAAGGCGAGCUGCCGCAGCAGGACCGGAUCCGGUCCGUCCACCGGGAGGCGCAGUACUACGCCAUCGGGCCGCUGCUGGACCGCCUGGAGCAGACGCAGCCUCUGACCGGGGAGAAGGUCCGGCAGGCCUUCCUCGACCUGCUUCCCUACUACAGAGACAAUCUGGAGCGCAUCGUGGAGAUCGCCAAGCUGCGGGCGAUGCAGAAGAAGGCGCGCUUCGCCAAGCUGAAGGUGUGCGUCUACAAGGAGGAGAUGCCCAUCACGCCGUACGAGCGGCCGCUCUUCAACUCGCUGCGCUUCGAGCGCGCCGACGGCGACGCCAAGCUGUUUGAGCACCACUGCGACGUGGACGUGUCGUUCGGGCCGUGGGAGGCCGUGGCCGACGUCUACGACCUGCUGCACUGCAUCGUCGGCGACCUGGCGCAGCGCGGCAUCGCUGCAGAGCAGCAGUGCAUCGGCGUCUGCGACAAGCACCUCAUCAACCACUACUACUGCAAGAGGCCCAUCUACGAGUUCAAGAUCACCUGGUGGUGAAAGGCAGAGCGGACCGGAACCGAACCGGAACCGGGACCGGAACCGGGACCGGAACCGGGACCGGGAUGCAGUGCGGCUUUUAACUCUGUUUUCUAUUCAAACUGACAGGAUUUUACAAUGUGACCCUUUAAAUCUGCUUCCUGUUUCCUCAAACAUUUCACAGUUUCCUGUCGCCUUCAUCGUGAGUUAAAGGUUAAAGGAGAUUACGGCAGAAUGUUGGGGCCACCUUUUUUAAUCCAAUGAUUAGCAGAUUAAAAACAUAAUAAAGUCGUAAAAUGACCAGAAAAGUUAUUUUUAACAUAAUCAGAUGCUGAGAUUUUUCAUAUCUGUAAAACCAAAACAUGCUCAACAUUCCUUAUUAAAUGUUUAUUAUUUUUGGUGAAGGACGUAGAAAACGACUUCAUUCUAACAAUAAUUUGACUUUAUUGUCAUCCAGAUUUUCUCAUAUUUUACGAUUUUAUUCUGGUAUCUGGUUCUAAAACUCUGUCUCUCAGACAAACCAAACAUUUUAAAGUUUUUGGGGCUCCAAAUGUUUUCAGUUCAUCUCUGGAUCCGUUUCUGUUCAGUCGGGUCCAAAUUACUACAAAUGACAUGAAACCCAAACCAACUUAACUCCAGUUAAACAUCCGGCCGUAUUUUCGAUCCUCCUGUAUGAGGCGACAGUGGGAAGAAACCAGACGGUUCUCCUGGCUGAACUCUAGGAAGUGACAGAAACAGGAGUGGAGAUUUAUCUGAUGGAAAGAGAAAACCGAGAUCCUGCAAACACUGAGCCAGGAAUCCUUUCUCUUUAAUUUAACACGCAUCUGUUUCCCAUUCAGGGUCAAACUGCAGCUUGUUUUUACCCCAGUAAAUCAACCAGCUAUGCAAAGACAGAGUAAUUAAACUAAUUUUUUGUCUAGACGAUGGUGGAGUCGUUGUUUUCAUAUUUCCUGAAGCCACAUCGUCCUCAGUCCUUUUUUCAGCAGUUAUUUCCUGUUGGCAUCAGAUUCGUGUGUUUCCAUUUGGAGGAGUAACCAUGGAAACAUCCAGCCGUCUGAUUGGACGUCUUAACGCUCCACCAGGAAGCCCGACGCCUCCUGUUCCGAUCAAUGGAUGAAUUGAACCGGGAUCGAUAGCGAUCCAUCGGCAGCUUUUUGUUCUGAUCGCAGCUAAUAAUCGCGGCUCGAUGUUGUGACGUGAAGUCAGAUGUGAUAUUUUCCUAUAGGUUUUGUGUCAGGUGAACUGUGAGAUAUAUUUUCUUUACGCGUCACUGAAGGAGCGUUGAGAAAGGUUCAGCGGAGGUCAGCGUGUUUUUGUUUCAUUGGUCACUAAAAUAAGGAGAUUCUCUGUUUUAAGGGAUUGCAUUGCUGGAGAUUUGAUGCUCAGAGGUGAAUUUUUGCAGCCACUGUAGAUGUUCAAAUUUUAUUAGAAAAUAGCGCCACCUUCAGGGAGAAUGUUUGAUUUUUUUUUUUAAGCUUUUGUUAUUUCCAUCACUUGAGUCCUGCUGUACUUGACUGUUACUGAGCACCAUGUGAUUGUAACAGAAAAGUCUUAUUUAUGUUUGGUAACGUCAUCCGUUUUAAUUCAUGAUAGAAAUCAACUCUUUCAUCAGAUUUUCUCAAUUUGCCACAUAAUUCUGAAGCACUACAUUCUUCCCCUGAAACAUGACUAAUCUUUAUGACUUCCAGUGUUUUUAAUGUUUUUAUAUUGCUGUUUAUGUUUGUUUUAGCUUCUAGGAAGCUCCAGAUCUCUAGUUGUCUUUUAUUUGUCUGUAUUUAAAAAAAUUAAACAAUUUUUAUGUUGUGGUACAAUAAAACUGUUUAACUGCAA